GCCGCCAUCUUCCCGCGCGCGCGCCCCAGCCCCGCCCCCAGGCGCCGCUCCCACGUGACUACUCUCCCGGGACUACUUACGUGGGUCGGGUUUGCGUCACGUGAUUCAGGGGCGUGGCCAAGAUGGCGCUACCCAGGGAGGUAGGGAGCCCGCGGCAAGAGUGUCUGUGACUGUGAGGAAGGUAGUCGCGUGGCUACAUCUCGGUGGCAAAUUGGAGGCGGUGGAGAGUAACCGGGCUUCAGCUUACAGACCGCAGAGAGUGACCUCCAGUAGAGCAUCUCUCCUCGCUAUUGGAGAACGGAGGUAGCCGGUUACUAGCUGUGUGUAGCUGUUGUCCUCUGCCUGGAGGUGCUGUGGGGUCAAGAGUCAAGGCGUCUCCAGUCACUCCGUCUUUCCCCGGGCCUCAAGUCUAGAGCUAUGACCCGAGAUAGCACUCCUCCAGCUCCAGGAGCUAGAGCUCCGCUGAGCGGGUCAGUGCUGGCGGAGGCGGCAGUGGUGUUCGCCGUGGUGCUGAGCAUUCACGCUACUGUGUGGGACCGAUAUUCGUGGUGUGCUGUGGCCCUCGCAGUGCAAGCCUUCUAUGUCCAAUACAAGUGGGACCGUCUGCUGCAGCAGGGAAGCGCUGUCUUCCAAUUCCGAAUGUCUGGCAACAGUGGACUACUGCCUGCUUCCGUGGUCAUGCCUUUGCUUGGACUGGUCAUGAAGGAGCGCUGCCUGGCUGCAGGGAACCCACACUUCGAACGUUUUGGUAUUGUGGUGGCAGCUACUGGUAUGGCAGUAGCACUCUUCUCAUCUGUGUUGGCACUGGGCAUCACUCGACCGGUGCCCACCAAUACUUGUGUUAUCUCCGGCUUGGCUGGAGGUGUCAUCAUUUACAUCAUGAAGCAUUCGCUGAGCGUGGGUGAGGUGAUCGAGGUCCUGGAGGUCCUGCUAAUUUUCGUGUACCUCAACAUGAUCCUGCUGUACCUUCUUCCCCGCUGCUUCACCCCCGGAGAGGCACUGCUGGUAUUAGGUGGCAUCAGUUUUGUACUUAACCAGCUCAUCAAGAGCUCUCUAAUUAUAGUGGAAAGUCAAGGGGACCCGGUGGACUUCUUCUUGCUGGUGGUGGUGGUAGGGAUGGUGCUUAUGGGCAUCUUCUUCAGCACCCUGUUUGUCUUCAUGGACUCAGGCACCUGGGCCUCAUCCAUCUUCUUCCACCUCAUGACCUGUGUGCUGGGCCUUGGCGUGGUCCUGCCCUGGCUACACCGACUCAUCCGCAGGAACCCCCUGCUCUGGCUCCUUCAAUUCAUCUUCCAGACAGACACUCGUAUAUAUCUCCUAACCUACUGGUUUCUGCUGGCCACCUUGGCCUGCCUGGUGGUACUGUACCAGAAUGCCAAGCGUUCAUCUUCUGAGUCCAAGAAGCAUCAGGCUCCCACUAUCACCCGGAAGUAUUUCCACUUCAUUGUGGUAGCCACCUACAUCCCAGGUAUCAUCUUUGACCGGCCACUGCUCUAUGUGGCUGCCACCGUAUGCCUGGCAGUCUUCAUCUUCCUGGAGUAUGUUCGAUACUUCCGCAUCAAACCCCUUGGCCACACUCUGCGGAGCCUCCUAUCUCUCUUCUUGGAUGAACGAGAUAGCGGACCACUCAUCCUGACCCACAUCUACCUGCUCCUGGGCAUGUCUCUUCCCAUUUGGCUGGUCCCCAGGCCCUGUACACAGAAAGGUAGCCUAGGGGGAGCAAGGGCCCUGGUCCCUUAUGCUGGCGUCCUGGCCGUGGGUGUAGGUGACACUGUGGCCUCCAUCUUUGGCAGCACCAUGGGAGAGAUACACUGGCCUGGAACCAAAAAGACUUUUGAGGGGACCAUGACGUCUAUAUUUGCCCAGAUCAUUUCUGUAGCUCUGAUCUUAGUCUUUGACAGUGGAGUGGACCUAAAUGACAGUUAUGCUUGGAUUUUGGGAUCCAUCAGUACUGUUUCCCUCCUAGAAGCAUACACUACACAGAUAGACAAUCUCCUUUUGCCUCUCUAUCUCCUGAUAUUGCUGAUGGCCUAGCUGCUGUGCAGCAACAAUGAUGGAGGAAACAGCAACCUGGGGAGAAUGAGUGGCCCUCACAGCAGCCAGCCACUUGGACAUGUAGAGCCAAGGGGUGAAAAGCAGAUUUGAUUUUUUGAGUUUGUUCAGAUUUAAAAUAAAAAUCAAAGCUCUCCU